AUGCAGCAUCUAGAAAUUGCUAAACUUAUCAUCAAUAAAUCUGCCAACGUGGAUCAUCAGGACGAAUAUAAACAAACACCUCUACACUAUGCAAGUGAAAGUGGUCAUUUAGAUAUUGUUAAACUCCUCCUCGAUCGAUCUGCCACCGUGGAUCAUCAGGAUGAAGAAAAAAGAACACCUCUUCACUAUGCAAGUGAAAGUGGGCAUCUAGGUAUUGUUAAACUUCUCCUCGAUCGGUUUGCCAUCAUUGAUCACCAAGAUGAAACUGAUAAAACUCCUCUCCACUAUGCAAGUGAAUGUGGGCAUGCAAAAAUUGUUGAACAUCUUCUCAAACGAUCUGCUAACGUGGAUCAUCAGGAUGAAGGAAAAAGAACACCUCUCCACUAUGCAAGUGAAAGUGGGCAUCUAGAUAUUGUUGAACUUCUCCUCGCUCGAUCUGCCAUCGUUGAUAAUCGGGAUGAAGAAAACAGAACACCUCUCGACUAUGCAAAGGAAAGUGGGCAUCUAGAUAUUGUUAAUCGUCUCCGCCAUCGAUCUGCCAUCGUUGAUCAUCAAGAUGAAAACAAUUAA